UGCGAACUACAAACUGCAUGCAGUGUCACUGCAGGACACACCAACUUCCCUUUUACAGGUGACUUAAGAAGCAACCAUCUAGGAGACAAACAACUACACCGAAGUGAUCUUCUCUCAUACAAGACCUGCUGAUCAUCACUUACAGCAAGAUGUUGGCACCAGUGGUUUUAUUUCUCUGUCUGCUGUCUCUGAAACCAGCAGCUGCUGAAGUGGGCCUCAGUGGUAAAGCCCUUCUGUUUCCAACCAAGACUGCUACCAGCUUUGUUAAACUCACUCCUGAAAAGCCACUGAGGCUUUCAGCAUUUACUCUCUGCAUGCGUGUUGCGACAGAGCUCCGGGGCGAGAGGGAGAUCAUUCUGUUCACUUACCGCACACCCGAAUUUGAUGAACUCAACGUGUGGAGAGAGAAGGAUGGUCGUGUGUCCUUGUAUAUUCAGUCUAGUGAUGCUGCAGCAUUUUUCAGUCUGCCUCCUCUCUCCACCUUCCAGACUCAUCUGUGUGUCACCUGGAACUCUGCGACUGGUCUCACUGCCUUCUGGGUGGAUGGACGUCGCAGUUUGUUCCAGAUCUAUAGAAAAGGUCUCUCAAUCCGUCCUGGUGGCACCGUCCUGCUCGGCCAAGAUGCUGAUAAAUAUUUGAGCAACUUUGAUGCGGAGCAGAGCUUUGUAGGAGAAGUUACUGAUGUGCAAAUGUGGGAUCAUGUUCUCUCUGGCAGUGAGAUUAGAGCAGUUUAUUCAAACCAGGAACCAUAUGUGCCAAAGGGAAACGUGUUUGACUGGAACACCAUCAAAUAUGACAUUACUGGAAAUGUGCUAGUGGUGCAAGAUAACUGAUUCUGAUCAGGUGUAACAUCACUCAUUUUUGUCAGUCUAUAUAAUCUGUUCAUCUGUUUUAAUGACUUGCAAAGCUGUAAGGGCUAACAAAUAAAUUUUUCUCAGCAUCACAA